AUGGAAGUGGCACUACAACCACCGCCAGCGUUGUUGUUUGAAGGAAAUAUCGCUGAGAAAUGGAAAAGGUGGAAGCAGAAGCUUGAAUUAUAUCUUGUGGCCACGGGAUUAAAUACGCAACCGGAGAUAAGACAGGUAGCAGUUCUACUUCACACUAUUGGUGAGGAGGCACUCGAGAAAUUCAAUACGUUUGGUCUCAGUGAGGAAGAGAAAAAGAAGCUGCCAAUAGUUCUCGAAGCAUUUGAACGGUAUUGCACACCUAAAGCUAAUGAGAGUGUGGACCGUCACAUAUUUUUCGCCCGAAUGCAACAACCGGGCGAGACGUUCGAUGUAUUUCUCACGGAUUUAAAAAAGCUAAGUAUACCAUGUGGCUUCGAUUCGCUUCGAGACAGCUUAAUCAAAGACCGUAUCAUCAGUGGCGUUAACGACGCCAUUUUAAAAAAUAGAUUACUUCGCGAGGAUGACCUCAAUCUAGAGAGAUGUAUUAAAAUCUGUAAAGCUGCAGAAUUAGUACAGCAACAGAUCAAGACACUGGCUACGGAAACAAAGGUACUUGCAGUCAACGCCAAGCAGAAUACGGCACAGACAGGCGUGAACAAGCAGCAGGCGAAUAAAAAUAGACGACCUGGAAGAAAGAACAACCACGCUAGGAAAGCACUACCAUCUCCCUCAACGCAGGAUGCGAAUACAGGCCAACAGAUGACUACUAAGACGUGCUACAGAUGCGGUACCAAACAUCCUCUACAUCAGUGUCCAGCAUAUCGUAAAACGUGCGCUAAAUGUAAAAAAUUAAAUCACUUCGCUAAGGUAUGUAAGUCCGUUAACAAUAAUGUAAAAAGCAUAGAGCAGGUAGAGCAAGAUGCAUCACAAGCUGAAUUUGUAGAACAAUUUUUCAUUGGGUGUAUCGAUGCUAAGCGUAAUCACGAUUGGUCAGAAAAGUUAUUAAUAAAUAAUAGUAAAACCUUAGUGGUGAAAUUAGAUUCAGGAGCACAAUGUAAUGUACUACCACUUAAAAUUUUUGAUGAAUUAGAACUUUCUCGUAGCAUUGUACAGAAAUCAAACGCAAAAUUAACGACAUAUGGCGGCAAUCCGAUUACAGUAGUUGGUAAAUGUUGCAUUAAAUGUACAACUUCUAAGAAUGUGAUUACUCUAAUCGAAUUUGAAGUGGUAGAUGCAAUAGCUCCUGCAGCAUUAGGACUACCUACUCUUUCAAAACUGAAUUUAUUAAAAAGAGUUGAGACAGUUAAUGUUACUAAUUGCAAUAUAAAACAAUUUGUACAAGGAUCGGGAUGCAUUUCUAAUUAUGAAUAUGAUAUUAAACUAAAACAUAAUACAGGUCACAUAGAGCCAUGCAGAAGAGUUCCUCUUAGACUUAGAGACAAACUGCAGAAAGAACUCCAAAAAAUGGAAGACGAAGGAAUUGUCGAGAAAGUACAAGAACCAACUGAUUGGGUAAAUGCUCUUGUUGUAGUAACUAAAAAAGACGGAAGUCUUAGAGUUUGUUUAGAUCCGCACCAUCUAAAUCAAGCUAUUCAAAGAGAAUAUCACUAUAUUCCAACGUUUGAAGAUUUAUGUUCAAAGAUGGCGGGAUCACGCGUAUUUAGUACACUGGAUGCAGACAGAGCAUUUUGGCAAAUUAAAUUAACAGAAAAAAGCUCUAAACUUACAACUUUUAAUACGCCUUAUGGCAGAUACAAAUUCCUGCGACUUCCAUAUGGAAUUUCUUCUGCCCCUGAGGUAUUUCAUAGAUGCUUCCAAGACAUUUUUUCAAAUAUUGAAGGAGUGGAAGUAUAUCUAGACGAUAUAAUAGUACAUGGUAAGGAUGAAACAGAGCACAACAAACGACUUAUGGAGGUACUUAAUCGAGCUCAACUACGAGGUGUCAAAUUGAAUCUUAAUAAAUGUAUUAGCCCAGAUCCAAAUAAGGUAACCGCUAUUUUAUCUAUGAAACAACCGACACAUGUUAAGGAACUGGAAACGUUUUUAGGCAUGCUUACAUAUCUAGGGAGAUUCAUUCCAAACUUAUCACAAAAAUCUACUAAGCUAAGAAAUCUUACUAAAAGAAAUACUGUCUGGUUGUGGGAUCAAAACGCUGAGCAGGCAUUUAAUGAUCUUAAAAACAGUCUGAGUACAGCACCAGUUCUACAAUUUUUCGAUUCACGUAAACCAGUAGUUGUUAGUGUAGACGCCUCUCAGUCGGGUCUUGGUGCAGUUCUCCUUCAAAACAAUUUACCAGUUGAGUAUGCAUCACGUUCAUUAAAUGAUACACAACAAAAUUAUGCACAGAUUGAAAAAGAGGCUCUAGCAAUUGCAUUUGCCUGUAAACGUUUCCACUAUUAUAUUUAUGGUCGACAAGUUGUCGUCGAAAGUGAUCAUAAACCACUAGAAGCGAUAUUUGCGAAACCUCUGAAUAAGUGUCCGGCUAGGCUUCAAAGAAUUAGGUUAAUGUUACAACCUUAUGACAUUAGAGUACAAUAUAAACCGGGAAAAGAAUUAUAUUUAGCCGAUGCGUUAUCACGAUCAUACUUGACAGAUGAAAGCUCGCUCUUAGAUGAGGAAAUAGAGGCACAAGUGUGUAUGAUUAGAGACAAUCUACCCAUUAGCGAUCCGCAAUAUAAACGUUUUAUACAUGAAACAUUACACGAUGCUAAUUUACAAUUGCUUAGACAAUAUAUAGAGAAUGGGUGGCCUAUUAACAAACAUUCAAUUCCAGAUUCCAUUAGAGUGUACGCGACAUUCAAGGAUGAACUGUCCAUAAUAGAUAAUCUCAUUUAUAAAGGUAUACGGUUAGUGGUUCCCUCAAGUCUUAGACAGGAGAUGCUAAAGAGAAUACAUUAUAAUCACCUGGGCAUAGAAAAAUGUAAGUCACGUGCUAGAGAAAUAUUAUUUUGGCCCGGUAUGUCUAAGCAGAUUACUGAUAUUAUACAAAAUUGUGAGACUUGUUUACGGUACCAAAGAGCUCAGAAGAAAGAGACAUUUGUAAACAAAGACAUUCCUCAAGGUCCGUGGCAAGUCAUAGGCGUAGAUUUGUUCUACUAUGCUGGCUGUGAGUAUCUACUGGCAGUGGAUUACUUUAGUAAAUAUGCAGAGAUGGCGAAACUUAGUGACUCCUCUAGCAGCACAGUUAUCACACAUCUUAAAUCGAUGUUCGCGAGGUUUGGCAUACCUAACAUAAUAUACUCGGACAACGGUCCGCAGUUUAAAAAUUCGUAUUUUCGAGAGUUCUCAUCCAAAUGGAAUUUUGAACAUAAAACGUCAAGCCCUAGAUACCCACAGUCGAAUGGUUUAGUGGAACGAUUCGUCGGUACAGUCAAGCAGAUGUUAAAAAAGUGUGGAAAUGAUGGGAAGGAUAUAUACUUGGCAUUACUUGAAUACAGGAAUACUCCUAUAAGCGAUAAAAUUCCUUCACCAACAGAAUUAAUGUUUGGUAGAAAAACUAGAAGUAUAUUACCCACCAUGUUAAAAGAUUCUUGUGAACAGACCAGACAAUUGCUUGAGGAACGACGAAGCGUUCAGAGGAAAUACUAUAAUAGAUCCGCUAAAGAUCUAAGUUCUCCGAAAUUAGGCGAUCAGGUUUUAGUGAGAAAAGAUAUGUGUUCUCCACUACAACCUGCUCAAGUCAUUGACACUUGUGAUAGGCCGAGAUCUUUUAAGAUAGCUAUGCAAGAUGGCUCGACAGUGGAAAGAAAUCGCAGACACAUAUACAAAGCUCCGCGUACUCUGAAACCACUGCUUUGUACUUCGGAAUUAGAGGACUAUAUGCCCCCUACAUUUGACUGUAAUACAUCCAAUAAAGUCGAUGAUUCGAACGCGGGAUCUCAUAUAGAACAGAAUUCGAACAACAGUCCUGAAACUAAGCGAACGGUUGAAAAGGCUGACAACUCUCCGACCCCACUUCGUACUCGUUCGUCUAGACUUGUCAAGCCUCCGUCAUAUCUUAAAGAUUAUGUCACUCAUUAA